CAGGGAACUGAGCCAUUCAUGUCUAUCCCAGAUGGAUUCAGACAAGGAACAGAACCCAUCAGGUCUAUUCCAGAUGGAUUCAGACAGGGAACUGAACCAAUGAGGUCUAUCCCAGAUGGAUUCAGACAGGGAACCGAACCAAUGAGGUCUAUCCCUGAUGGUUUCAGACAGGGAACCGAACCAAUGAGGUCUAUCCCAGAUGGAUUCAGACAGGGAACAGAACCCAUCAGGUCUAUCCCUGAUGGUUUCAGACAGGGAACAGAACCCGUCAGGUCUAUUCCAGAUGGAUUCAGACAGGGAACAGAACCAAUGAGGUCUAUUCCAGAUGGUUUCAGACAGGGAACCGAACCAAUGAGGUCUAUUCCAGAUGGUUUCAGACAGGGAACCGAACCAAUGAGGUCUAUUCCAGAUGGUUUCAGACAGGGAACCGAACCUGUCAGGUCUAUUCCAGAUGGUUUCAGACAGGGAACCGAACCUGUCAGGUCUAUUCCAGAUGGUUUCAGACAGGGAACCGAACCUGUCAGGUCUAUUCCAGACGGUUUUAGGCAGGGAACCGAACCCUCCACAUCCAAGCAGCAAACACGGACUGUUUCAUGCAAGGGGGAGGUCAUUGAUGGACGUUGCUAUGAAUUCAACCCCACACCAAUGUCCUUCCAAGAUGCAGAGGCCUCUUGCAGAAGUCUGGCCCCAAAUGCUGAGCUAUCAUCUGUAACCAGUGAUAACCUCCAUGCCCGUCUGGUUUCCCUGGUAACCAGUGGUGGGGACAGAACCCCUGUGUUAACCUGGCUGGGAGGCAGAGUCAAGAACCAGCAGGGAUCAUGGGUAGACGGGUCAGAGUGGAGUUACAGCGACUGGAUGCCAGGUCACCCCAACAUCCACACUGAUAAACCUGUCUGUGUGGAGAUGUUCAAGAUCGACCAGAGCUGGUGGACGGCUGCAGACUGCGAACUGAAGAGGGCGUCCAUCUGCUCAUACCCAGUCUCUGCAUGAAAACCACAGACAGACACAGAAUAAGAGUGGGAAACUUGAUUUAUCUGCUUCCUAUUGCGUGUCCUAAAAGGACUCGGGUCCAGUUUGUGUCUCUGAAUAAAUUUUGGCAU